AAAGUUGUUGUUGUUUUCAAACAAACAAAAAAUCAAAACAAAAAUCAAAACAAAAAUACAAAACAUAACAAAACUAAUGACCGAAUGUGCGAAACAAAAACUCUUAAGCGAUGGUAAUGUCGUAACCAAUUAGUCAUACCAUUCAUUGAUAUUCGUUAAGACAUAUCAUAACAUUCGGUGGUUUAUAAACAAUGAAGAAAAGUGUCCGAAACAGUGAAUCGAUUAAAGAAGUGAAGAGCGGCCACCAAACCGAUGUCAAGUCAACCAAAGUAUUGGAUCCAAUGAGAAGAAGUAUACAAUCGAUUGCGCCGACACAACAUCCUUGGUAUUAUGUGAAAGGACGACCAGAUUUGAUGGAAAAGCGGAUCAGUGCCCGUCGGGAACGCGAUGAACAGCGACACCGACAGUCACUUCAGAACAGUCAGUAUUUUAACCGCCGAUCGGCUGAGACACAGGUCUUCAGCAAAUGGAAGAAUAAUCAGAGUCUUAUACGACAUCCAAGACCAUUGGUUAACGGCUCAACUCAACCGCCGUACGACGUGGACGUCGAGACUACCGAAGAGCUGAGAGAGCGUAUGAAACUAAAGAUUAGAUCCAAUAAAGACUUGGAAAAGAAAUAUUUGAAAGCACAGCAAAAACUCAAAGAGUUUAUGAAAUUAUUUAUUGAGUUAAAUGUAAAUGACUUGAAAUUAGAGAAAUACCAGAAGGUAUUAGUUUCACAUCUGAAUGAAUUGAAGACAAUUAAGAUUCGUUUUGACGACAAAAAAGAGUUUUUCGAUCUCAAAGACACUCAUUUGGCGUGCAUUCGCUUUAGUCGAGUGAAACUCAGGAGGAAGUGCUUUGAAAUUGACAAACACUUACGCUUUCAUAAGUCUUGUGUCCAAAGUAUCCAAUGUCUCGAUGAUUGUCGCGAUAUACUGACUAAUGAAGAAUUGUCCCAAUUGUCAGAAGUUAUGGGACGGGCCGUCAAAAUACUCGAUAUGUAUAUCGAUGUCAAUCAUCAGCGAAACAAUGAGUUUCAACUAAUGUAUGAUGAAGAAGCAGAUAAUCGAUGGGAAUUACAGGAAGACGAGUGGCGUUUAGAGUUACAAAUGUCGAGCGGUAUGACUGAGAAGCUCUUGGAUUCAUUAAAAAGUAUUUUGAAGGAAAAGUUAACUAAACUUUUGGCCGAUGAGUACUCAUCACUAGACAAUAGGGAGAAACUGGUGACUGAUUUGAAUACAUUUACCAUUAAAUUGAAAAGUGAUCCCUAUUUGGCAAUAAUAUUGAUGGACAAUGUCUACGACAUCUUAAGCGAACUCAACGAUUGAUUACCGGUAAUUGAAUUGUGUAUCAAAUGUCUUCAACAAAUAAGUUGUGUUCAUUUACCAUAAAAAAUUAAUUAUUAUUAUUACCAUAAAUGUAUAAAUAAUUGAUACUUUUUUUUAUUAUAUUGCAAUCUUUUUAAAAAAUAUUUCA